AUGGCGACCACCACCACCAAGCUUAAGAUGAAGCUCCUUAUCGACACCAAGAAAAAUCGCGUGUUGUUCGCUGAGGCAAAUAAGGACGUCGUGGACUUCCUCUUCUCCCUUCUCGACCUCCCGGUUGGCACUAUCGUCGAUAUGCUUGGUUCCAAGUACAUGUGCGGAAGUGUUGGCAACCUUUAUGCCAGUGUGUGGGAUCUCGAUUACGACUACAUCCAUCCCAGCGCCGACAAGAUAGACCUCCUCCGGCCCAAGGUGGUGCCGUCGCCCGCGAGCACCAGCCGCAGCUCCCCUUUACUUCUGGCGCCAUCGGACCGGCAGCGGUUCUUCAGAUGUACAUUUAGUGACCACUGCGACAACUACGUGACGAAUAAGAGCACUACUAACUGUCCGAGCUGCCACCGUAAGAUGACGAGGGAAGUCGAGUAUGUUGACGGCUCCGGAGGGAAUGUGCAGAAGGCCUCCUCUUCCAAAGGAUUCGUGCAGGCGGCGGUGACGUACACAGUGAGGGACGACCUCACGGUGACGCCCAUGUCCAACAUCUCCAGCAUCACGCUGUUCAGCACCCUCAGAGUGACAGACUUCAGCGCGCUCCGGGAGAAGACCGUCUGGCUUGGCUACAACGAGGGUCUGCAGAUUCUUAAGGCGUCACUGCAGUCCAAGACCGUCCUCACGGACGUUUUCCUCAGCAUGUCCUCACGUGUUCGCUUUGAAGCUUAA